UUUUGCGAGUUCCUGGAAGUGGUGUAUGUGGAGUUGGAUUUGGGUUGGGGAUGUUGUUGGCUCCGAUCGCUGUGUUGUUUCUCCCUUGGCUGGAGUCCGCACUCAGCCUGGGGCUCGGAGGGCGGAACAUGUGGUUGAUUAAGCAGAAGGUGCUGCAAUCCCAGGAGCGGAGGGUACAGAAAUACUUUCUGAAGAACUACAAAAUCCUUCCCAUGUUUGGUGGGAUGACUGAGCCUAAGGAGGGACUGUUCCCACAACCACUGGACCACUUCAACAGGAGGAACAAUGGCACUUUCAAGCAGAGAUACUGGGUCAACACUGAGCUGUGGGAGCCGCAUCACGGUCCAGUGUUCUUCUUUAUUGGUGGCGAGCAAACGCUGACAUCAUACAGUGUAUUGGCAGGUGAACAUGUGGACCUAGCACAGAAGUACAAGGCUCUGUUGGUCUCUCUGGAGCACCGGUAUUAUGGGACGAGCAUUAAUCCCGAUGGACUGACCAAUCGGAACAUCCAAUUUCUGUCCAGCCAGCAAGCGCUUGCUGACCUAGCUACGUUCCGUGAGUUCAUUGGCCAACAGUACAAUCUGACCAGAAACAAUCGCUGGAUUUGCUUUGGCGGGUCUUAUCCAGGCUCCCUGUCUGCCUGGUUCCGGCUGAAGUUCCCUCACUUGGUUUUCGCUGCUGUUGCUUCAUCUGCUCCUGUCCGAGCCCAGCUUGAUUUCACCGGAUACAACAAGGUCGUAUCACAGAGCCUGUCAAACCCAGUGGUGGGGGGAUCCAUGAAGUGCCGGUCUGCUGUGGCGAGUGCUUUCUCCCAGUUGGAUGGGAUCCUAGUGGGCAGCAACACCUCCCGGCUGGAGGUCGACUUCAAGUCGUGUCAGAAGCUGAACGGGAGUGAUGACCGCGUGGAGUUUGCUGGCAACCUGGCCGAUAUCGUCAUGGGAACCGUCCAGUACAACGAGGAGGUGCCGGGCAGAAACAUUGCCAACCUGUGCCGGAUCAUGACCGAUCAGAAGCUGGGCUCCGUCUACCAGAGGUUGAUGGUCCUCAACAAGGACUACAUGGACAGCAUGGAGCUGCAAUGUGUAGACAACUCCCAUCAGAACGCACUGGCCAACUUGAGGAGUACAGAGGUGAAACCGUAUGCUAUGGCAGAGCGUCAGUGGUACUACCAGACAUGCACGGAGUUUGGUUACUACCAGACCUGUGAGGACAAGAGCUGCCCACUCUCCCGCUGGUUGACGUUGCAAUUCCAAGUGGACGUGUGUGCCCAGGUGUUUGGUAUUGACCCGGGCAGUGUUCAGGGGGCUGUUGACUUCACCAAUGAUUAUUAUGGAGCUGAUCACCUGGCAUCCAGUCACAUCAUCUUUGUCAAUGGUGACAUUGAUCCGUGGCACGUGCUCAGUGUGCUGAAGAACCAGUCGCAUUCUGAAGUGGCCUUGGUCAUCAAUGGUACCGCACACUGUGCGAACAUGCUUCCUGUGCAGCAGGAGGACUUGCCAUCUCUCCGACAAGCCAGACAGAAAAUUGAUCAUCAGAUUGGAGCAUGGUUGGCUGAGGAACAUCUGUCUUCAUGGUAACAGUGACCUAGAAUUCCAACCGCAGGAAGAGAGUGUACCUUGUGCUCAGUGACUGGAUGUGCAGUGUAAUUCCAAUUUUUUGGGAAAGCUUUUGCACAUUAACCUGGCCCAGUCACUGGGAAUCUCUCUCUCAGGAAUCUCUCUCUCCCUUUUGCUCACUGUAUCUACCUCUCUCUAUCUCCACCUCAUUUAUUUUCAGUGCCUAAUGCAGAAAGGAUGUGGGGAGAAUUGGAUAAUUUCCCAAGUAAGUCUUGGGAUUUACAAUUUUCAUGUUUUUAAUGUAUGUCUGUGUUCCCUGAGGUGAGUGUGCCUUCCCCCAACUUCCAACACAGACUGCUGCAAACCCUGGAUUAGAGGGUGGAGGUAUUCCUCGGCAUACUGCCACUUUGAGUACCAUGGCCCCUUGCUGAGGUAGAGACCAACUUUAGUCUGUCUUGGCAGUGUAUAACCAGCCCUUGCCACCCUGAUAAAUGGAACCACUGAUCCUUGAGGUAAACCUUGAUCAGUCCUGCACCUAUACUACUUCCCUCUGGAGCAAGGGUUGCUCUAAUACGUGGGGGGAGGACAUAUCUUCUGGGUUAGAUCCUUCUUGGGUUCCUUCCUCCUUGAGGGUUUGAUUCAAGGUUGCUUGUACUGAAGGCAUCAUUUUCACUUCUAACUGUGGGAUGAUGCUGAAGGUUCCAACCUUUUCCCUAGGUGACUGAGUACAAGCCAACUUAGUCAGGAAGGUGCCCUUGCUGCACAGUACAUCUUGCUGCUAUCCUCCUUCAGAAUGAUUGGUCUUAUGCUGGCACCAUGUGCCUCUUCCAUCAGUUCAGACUUAGGAUGUUUAGAGAAGCAAUGGCCCCUAUCCGCAGCAGACAAAACUGCUGAUACCCUCUUCCCCCUUUCACUUGUCUGCAGAGUUAAGGUGUGAGGGUGUGCUUGCUGGUUGGCAUAAAUCUAAGCUGUGGACACCAGGCCACUUUCAAAAAAAACUUGUCAGGUGACAGUGGUUCAAGUACAGACCCUUUCUCGGGAAUACUCCGUGACCCCCAUACGUUAACUCGUAAUUAAUUGUGAAGCAUAAAUCUUCCGAUUUAAGCCUGAAGAUGUGAUCAGUCCUGAGAUUCAACUUUUAAAAGUGCUUUAAAUUUUUGAAGAUUCAACUUUUAUACAGUAAUCCACCUGCAGGUUGUUGCAAUUCUAAUUGUGUUUUAAAAUGUGAUCAAAUUAAAGUGUUUGAAAUCUUGGUGUAA